CUGACUCUCUGAGAUGCGUUGCCUCUUGGAGCAACGGAGAGCAGAUCCUGUUCGUUCUAAGAAGGAGUUCUCGCUCUGAUCAGCGAUCGCUCCUCUAUGCCAAAGGUCCCCAUUUAAGAGUGCCUCGACGUCGUGUAUGCACUAGACGCCACCAGUUCACAACUCCCCGAUUCGUUUCUUUGUUCAAUUGUUACAAUGAGGCUCUUUGGUGUGUUCCUUUCGAUUGCGGCUCUUUCAAAUGGCAUCCUGGCGCAGGAGAAUUUCGUAGCACGAUUGCCCAACUGUGCCGUACGCCUACUUCCAACGCACCCUUCUCCAAAGCGACUAGAACUGACACUCCAGUCCAGGCAAAAUGUCUUGCUGCUACCUUGCCCACAUCGACAUGUAAGCCCACAGACUUGGCCUGUCUCUGUGCCGAUGCCAAAUUCAUGGCAACGGCCGGAGCCUGCAAUGCGGCCAACUGUACUGUCGUUGAGGUGCUACGAUCGACAAACGAGACGUAUGCUGCCUGCGGUAUUCCGAUUCGCGACGAGGGAAAGACCUUGACAGGAGUAACGGCAUCCUUCGGAGGCCUGGCCCUGAUAAUGGUGACCAUGCGUCUCGUUGAUCGAGCCGUCUCUGCGCACGCGAGGCUCGGAUGGGAUGACUUGUUGAUUGGGCUAUCAGGAGU